AGACACGCACACACACACACACACACACACGCUGCUGCCUGUUUCACUAACACAACUCCACAGCACACUUCUCCAGCUCUGAAUGCUGGAAUCACAUGGCCAGAGUGUGGGACAGAAACAAACUCAACAGCAGGAUCUAAAAUGCCAAUCUUUGGAAGAUAGAGGGAGCUUUUGUUUGAGAAAAGGACGACAAGAAUUCCAAAAAAGGAGCUGGACUCUUCAGAGAGCAUUUUUGUGUACCAGCACACUUAAUCAAAAGCCUACAACAUACAUACAGACACAACAUGCUGCAGCAAAUCCUAGCUGACAUGUACAUCGACCCUGAUGUACUAGAGGCUUUAAAUGAGGAACAGAAGAAGAUUCUGUUCUUCAAAAUGAGAGAGGAGCAAGUCAGGCGCUGGAAGGAGUGGGAAGAGAAGGAGGGCAAGGAGGGGAUAAAAAAAGAAAAGCUCCAGCAAAAGAAAGGCCCUUGUAAAAGUGUGAGCUGGCUGCUUGGCAGCGACGGUGAUGUGCAUGUGUGUAUUAUCGGAGAAUCUGACGAGCUCAAAUCUCCAAAACUCAUUCUGUCCGAGCUGAAAAACAAAGCUGCGGCCAACCCCAAUACUUUCAACAGAGCAAAAGCAGAACCUGUAAAUAGCAGCUUGACCAAACCCAGCAGAGCACAACAAACCAGCACAGAAUCAGGGAUCCAGCUACUGCUCAAGAAACCAGAGGAGCUCAGUGAUUCCACGACAGUCUCAGAUGAGUCCAAGCAGGACAGCGGUUCUGAUCAGUCAGCUGACGACACCAGGGGCCAAACAGAUGACUCAGACUCAGGCAGUGCGGAGGAGGACAUGGGCCUUUACAGAUCACAUAUGAGCAAUGCAGAGACAACAGUAGCAGACAGACUCAGAGAGCUUCAACUGCACAGAGCAAUGAAAGAGCAUCUGUCAAUCAACAACAAGACACACCCACUGGACACACCCACACCAGACAAAGGAGUGGUGAAAAAUAAGGAUAGCGGUCUGACGAAUGGCAGUCGUGUGGCUCAGCUCAGGAAGAACUUCAACACCACUAAUGCCCCAUGUGUCAAACCACCGAUCCCCUGCAAGCCCACUCACCUACUGGCUUCCCCCUCUGUCAGAUAAACACAACACUGCUACACGCCUGAAAAAUAUCCUUGUGUAUCCAAAAAUCUGCAAAAUGAACUAAAAACACUAGAAAGACCUGCGCAUACCUGAGCGUAAGAGCAGAUCCAGGUGUGGACGCAGCUGGAGACGGAUGUUAUAAGGAAAUCAAACACUUCUUAUGACCCAGCUCGAGCCAUCACUCUUCAGGUUUCACACUGUUUACAGAGGAAUAUGGUCUCCAAAAGACUCAAAGAAUUGUUCUACUCCCUUUAUACAAUAUUGUUUAUUUUUUUAUAUUUUUUCUUAUAUAAACUUUGUUUCCUUAAGGGGAGGGUGACCAAAGUUAUUGUGUCAUGUUUGUAUAGAUAAUUUUUCGUCUGGUUGUAAAUAACGGUGUCAUAUUGUAUUAAAUAAAACAACUGGUUUUGAGAAC